CGGGGCUCCGACACCCGAACUUGUGCGGUUCUGCCGCCUGGAGAGGAGAGAGCAGUCGAAACGCGAGUGUCUCCACGCCCCUGGCCAGUGGCCUCUCUGGGACGCCGCCCUCUGGAACUUGGGCGAGCCCAAAGCUGCAGCCACAAAGAAUGAUUCGUGGCGUGGGCCCCUCACUUCCCAUCCGGAGCCCGCCCACCCCUGCGCUCUUCUUCCUCGGAACUUCCUCCCGGCCGCUUUCCUCCUCUCUUCCUCCUUUUUUCCGUCCUUGCUUCCCAGAGCGCCUUUCCCUGACCCGGUAAACAUCCCUCCCCCUCCGCCGCCGCCACCACCACCACCACCACGUUGGGUAGUGGGUAUUUAUAGAAACAGAUAUGUCUUAGGGGACAGCCAGGCCGUACUGCCCGGAAAAUCGAUCCCCCAAAGAGCUUCCCAGGCCUGGCUCCAGCCAGCAGGGAGCACCGCCAAUUGUCCCCCGCGUGUGGAAGCAUGUUUUAUGAGUACUACAGGUUUGAGCACAGCAGAAAUUGUAAUUAACGUUAACGAAAAUAAGAGCCCCAGCAGCAGUCACAACAAGCUACCCAUGUAGGAUUCUGCAUUUGGAUAUUAUUCCAAAGGAAAGGGCCAGCUUUGCUUGGGAGGGAGGUGGGAAGGGCAGGGCACCUGACAGGUGCUGUGGUCCCUCAGAGGGCCUAGAGGGCGAGGAGAGCCCAGCGCAGCGCUGGUGGCAGCAGAGAUUGGUAAGCUAGACUUGACUUCAGCAUGUACCUCUUCUCAGCUCCCAGAGGUCGUCCUUGGACAGAGGCUGACAGCCUAGCGGAGGUGUGCCUUGGAGGAGGUGAUGGUUGCCCAGGUCUUAUUUACCAUUGGCUCUUUCAGAGGAACGGCUUAAGAUGGUUCUGUGUGAGGGGUGUUUGCUAGGGAUAUGGCUUUGUUUGCCAAGUGAAAGUUGAGUUCUUGUAGAAAAGGCCAUUUCUAGCCUACAGGGGAACGGCUCUGAGGGUCAUGAGUUACGAGGAAACUUGUUUAUCAGGGGAGGAUUUGUGAGAGGAUGGCUAAAUUGGAAUAUUUUCUCUUAGACCUGGACAUCUGUGUACAGUUCCAUAAGAGUGUUUUCUUGUUGUAUUUUCUCUUUCUCUCUUUCUGUGUUUGUCUCUCCUGAUACAUCUAAACCCAGGGGCUGAGAAUUCACUACACAGAAGUUAACCAAUCUGUUGGACUGUGGUUGAUGGAAGAGAAUCUGUCAAUAGGCUGUUGAUUCUGUGUAAUAGAGUUGAAUGUCUCUGUCACAGUGACGUUUUAGUUGAGGAAUUGCUGAUGGUUUUAGUGUUUCAGUUUGGUUUGGAAUCAUGUGACAAUUUGGAAAAUACAACAUCCAGUAUUUUUCCAUGUGGGAAUGUAAUCAUGUGACUUGGUGUUAACCUGGGAAAGACAGACUACUUGGUUUGCAUCUGGAUCCUAGUUUUCUAAGGGGAGUUUUACUUGAUCAGAACGUCUUUACAAUUGAAAUAUGUAAUGGGAUGACAGAAAACGAAUGAUGUCUUCUGGAGGAGCAGCCCAUCGUGGACCAGAAAUGAAAAGAUGAGUGGGUGCUUCUUAGGACUUCUAGAGAUGGUGCUUAUAUUUGGCUGUGACAUCUACCUGAUUUACCUGUUUAACUUACCUAAACUUUAGUACACUGUUGAUUAUUAGAGGCUUGGUUUUGAAAGUGUGAAUUUGGGUUUCAGUAGUUGUUUAGUUUUGAUUUUAUUUGCACAGCACUGCAGACUUCCUAGACUAAGCGACUAAAAGGACCACAGGGUUUACCUGGUGCUACUCUUUCAUUUUACAGAUGAGAAAAGAGUCGGACAAGUGAACUGGUUUGGUCAAGAUUCCUGAGCCAGUUCCUAUCAAGGCUGGAGUUAGAGCCCCAGCCCUCGGGAGUCUAGCUUGAACAUACUGCUUGACACUGCUAAUUCUAGAAAAUUGUAUUAGUUUUGUUAUAAAUGCAAGAACCUUUGCAGAUCCAUAUUCCCAUAUGUCUUUCAGGUUUUUAUAAGUUUUUAGUUUUUAAUUCCAUAGCAGUUAACAAAUAGGGAGAGCUAUUUUCGGAUGAGUUGGGGGAAAGGGCAUUAAGGAGAGGAAAAUAAUCUUGUCAUAAGUUUUUUGCCCAUAUUUUCCCUUGUAAACAAUGUAGUCAACAAAUAUAUGACUAUAAGGAUUAUAAACUUUGGAAUUUAUCUAAUGCAUUGCUCUUUUGUUCCCUAUCUCCAUGAACAUAUUGCACACUUAACAUUCUGUUAAUUUCUGUUUGUCCUAAGACAGUACUCAAUAACUAUUUGAUUCCCAUUAGUUUUUUCUUUUAAUUUAAGUUCUGAAAUAUUAGUAUUAUAUUACUUUCAUAAUGUUUUAAUGUUUAAAGCACUCUCCAGUUACCAGUUUUACCUUUAUAAAAUAGUUGGGAUUAAAGAAGAAUGAAUAUUCCCAUUUAGAAAACAGUAAUGUUUGGGAGAAGAAAAAGGAGACAUUUCACUCAGGGCCACAAACACUGUGUUAGUGCAUUUGAGGAGGAGCUAAAAUUCCAAUCUUUUUGGACUCAGUUCUAGUCCCAUAACACUGUACAGCAUUUGUAAGAUGAUUUCAGAGAAAUUUUAAAACGCCCAGAAAUAUUAGCACAAUGAAGUAUCUGCUUUUUCCCCUUUUAUUAUUGGAAGAGAUUAAAAUGAUCAAAUUGGCUAGACUAUUGUUCUUACAUAAUUUUUAAUGCUAAAAUAUUUUAUGGUCAAAGAGGGCUUUUGGAGGUCUCUCUGCUUUAACCCAUACAUUAUAGUAUCUAACAGCUGGCACUCAUUCAGAGUGUAUUUUUAAGUUUGACAGGCACUGUGCUGGGUAGGCACUGGCAAAUAGAAAAAGUGAGUGAGAGGUUUUAAACAUCCUUGAGUUUCUGGUGUACUUCCAGCAUAUGUAUUCUGGAAAUGUUUUGGUCUUUCUAGGCCCCCCCCCCCCCCCGGCACUUUUAUACGUCAGUUAGUUGUGCUUCUGAGCCGGGUUGUGAUUGUAGAGUCCUGCAGUCCUUCAGGCUUGAAAUCCUCCUUUACUUGAGCCUCUCUAAGGAACCUCCUUAACAUCUGGAAAGUUUUUAAGAUUCUUCAUGUCAUUUAGGUGUUCAGUUGAUCUGUUCUGCUAUAGGUACUCUUUAAUGGGCUAUCAUUUGCCUCCAAGUUCUGCUGAUGCACUGUAAGCCUAACAUCUUGUGACUUGGGUCCCCAGGGACAAGUCCCAAUUCCCUGGGUGUUAACUUCAUGCUUUCUUAUGAAGGUCCAAAGGUAGUUCUCUAGAAUAACUCAGAGGGGUGAGAGUUAACAAGGAGUUACUGACAUGUGUUCUUCCAUUCAACAGAUAUUUACAGAGUGCUUACUGUAUGUUUGGGUUUGUGUCAGUAGGGACUUGAAAAGAUAAGAGGUGACCCCACCCUGGAAUUGCUCACAGCCAAGUGGGUACGUCAGGUGUGAAAACAGGUGAAGAUGAACUCGGUGUUUGAAUAUAUCAGUGCUCCAUAAGCACAGUGGAAGGGACAGGGAGGUGAGGACUGAACUGGACAUUGAAGGUUGAGUAGGAGUUUACCAUGUGGACUUGGUGAGGAAGGAGAUUCUAAGCAGUGUUUGGAAGGGACGAUAAUUCUAGCCCCCCUUUACUCAGUACUGUACUAAGCACUUUAUACCUUUUACCUUUAUUAAUCCUCCUCAUAGCCCUAACGAGGUAGCUGUGUUACUUUCUUUUUACAGAUACGGACACUGAAGUUCAGAGAGAUUAAGUAAAUUGCCCAAGGUCACACAGUAAGUGGUAGAGCUGGGGUUCAUUUCCCACGUGUCUAACUGAAAAUCCCUGGACUCCUAACCAUUAUGAAACAUGACCUCACCAAAAGCAGAGGAGCGUCAAAGAGCGUGGUGUCUCCAUGGGUCCUGGGGAAUCCAGUUUACUAUUCUCAGAGAACAUGAUGGUGGUAGAUGGUUCUGGAAGGACUCGGGUCAUACAGGCUUUCCAUUUUAGAACCUCAUAUUCUUGCCUGUAAGUUCUUGUAUUGUCUGUGGGAAUGGGGUGCCUUUGUGGUCCUUGAGCAAAAGCCAGGGUCCCAGAGUGACACUUCAGUGGUAACUCCAGAAGUACCGUGGAAAGAAGAGGUUUGAGGAAUUCAAGACUUGGAAGCAAGGGGACAUGUGAGGAGGCUGCUCCAGUUGUGGCAGUGAGAGGCCGCAGGACCGCAAGGUGAGGCAGGGUGGAUGGAGAAGAGUUAGGUGGAGAGAAACGAUGAGGCCUGACGGUGACUUAUGAAGGCCCAGGAGACCCGGAGAUGGACUGAAUAACUCUGCAGAGGAGAAGCCUUUUGCUGACCGAAGACUGUGGAGAGAAAGCUUAUUCCUCACAUAGUCCCUGUGCGUGCUGUGCUUCAGUUAAAGGAAAUUUGAAGGUCUUGGUCUGCUGAUUGGCGGCAGUAAGCACACAAUGAAUGAUCACCUACAUGUUGGGAGCCACAGCCACGGACAGAUCCAGGUUCAGCAGCUGUUUGAGGAUAACAGUAACAAGCGGACAGUGCUCACGACACAACCAAAUGGGCUUACGUCAGUGGGCAAGACAGGCUUGCCGGUGGUGCCUGAGCGGCAGCUGGAGAGCAUCCAUAGACGGCAGGGGAGCUCCACCUCUCUGAAGUCCCUGGAAGGCAUGGGGAAGGUGAAAGCCACUCCCCUGACACCUGAGCAAGCGAUGAAGCAAUAUAUGCAAAAACUGACCAGCUUUGAGCACCAUGAGAUUUUCAGCUACCCUGAAAUCUAUUUCUUGGGUCCAAAUGCAAAGAAGCGCCAGGGCAUGACCGGCGGGCCCAACAACGGUGGCUACGAUGAUGACCAGGGAUCCUAUGUGCAGGUGCCCCACGAUCACGUGGCUUACAGGUACGAGGUCCUCAAGGUCAUUGGGAAGGGGAGCUUUGGGCAGGUGGUCAAGGCCUACGACCACAAAGUCCACCAGCACGUGGCCCUGAAGAUGGUGCGGAAUGAGAAGCGUUUCCACCGGCAGGCGGCCGAGGAGAUCCGCAUCCUGGAGCACCUGCGGAAGCAGGACAAGGACAACACCAUGAAUGUCAUCCACAUGCUGGAGAACUUCACCUUCCGCAACCACAUCUGCAUGACGUUCGAGCUGCUGAGCAUGAACCUCUAUGAGCUCAUUAAGAAGAACAAGUUCCAGGGCUUCAGCCUGCCUUUGGUCCGCAAGUUCGCCCACUCCAUCUUGCAGUGCCUGGACGCUUUGCACAAAAACAGGAUAAUUCACUGUGACCUGAAGCCCGAGAACAUUCUAUUAAAGCAGCAGGGCAGAAGCGGGAUUAAAGUGAUUGAUUUUGGCUCCAGUUGUUACGAGCAUCAGCGCGUCUACACGUACAUCCAGUCCCGUUUUUACCGGGCCCCGGAAGUGAUCCUUGGCGCCCGGUACGGCAUGCCCAUCGAUAUGUGGAGCCUGGGCUGCAUCCUAGCAGAGCUCCUGACCGGUUACCCGCUCCUGCCUGGGGAGGAUGAAGGGGACCAGCUGGCCUGUAUGAUUGAACUGCUGGGCAUGCCCUCCCAGAAACUGCUGGAUGCAUCCAAACGAGCCAAAAAUUUUGUGAGCUCCAAGGGUUAUCCCCGUUACUGCACUGUCACGACCCUCUCAGAUGGCUCCGUGGUGCUCAACGGAGGCCGUUCUCGGAGGGGCAAACUGAGGGGCCCGCCAGAGAGCAGAGAGUGGGGGAAUGCACUGAAGGGGUGUGACGACCCCCUUUUCCUUGACUUCUUGAAACAGUGUUUAGAAUGGGAUCCUGCGGUUCGCAUGACCCCCGGCCAGGCCCUGCGGCACCCCUGGCUGAGGAGGCGGCUGCCAAAGCCUCCGACGGGGGAGAAGACGGCAGUGAAAAGGAUCACCGAGAGCACUGGUGCUAUCACAUCCAUUUCCAAGUUACCUCCACCUUCCAGCUCAGCUUCCAAACUGAGGACUAAUUUGGCACAGAUGACAGAUGCCAAUGGGAAUAUUCAGCAGAGGACAGUGUUGCCAAAACUCGUUAGCUGAGCUGAGUCCCCCGAUGCUGGUAGUUCUGAAAGAUACGACAUUGCUGAGCCUUACUGGGUUAAAAAGGAGUAGCUCAGACCUGUUUUUAUUUGCUCAAUAACUCGACUCAUUUGUAUCUUUUCAGCACUUAUUUUAAUGUAAGAAAGUUGUUCGUUUUGUUUUUAUAAAAUACAUGGGGACAAUGCUUUAAGUUUUUAUACUUUCUGAAACUGUUUUUGUGUUCUAAAAGUACGAUGAGCCUUACUGUAUUUAGUGUGGCAGUAAUAAACGUCAGUGGCAGGCCAUUGAUUACAUCGUGACUGCCGCGCAUCUACAGGUUGGUGUCGAAGACAUUCGCUCUGUUCUCAUGGGUCACAGUGUGUUCUCCCCAAGGUGACUGCCUCCCAAGGCCCCCCGUCUUGCUGCAGGUUCACACGCAGGUGCAGCCUGUCCUGCUUCCCUUUUCCAUGAGUUACCUGGGUGGUGGUAAUUGUGGGAGGAGGAGGGGCAGGACAAAAAUGAGAGUCUAAGAAAAACUGCACCUUACAGAUUUUUUUUCCCUAAAAUUAGUGCUCAGACAAAGACAAAAUAAAAUCCCCAAGGUGGAAAUGCCCUGUUACCCUUCUGAUAUUCUAAAGUCCGGCCAAGCAGACCUGGUGGAUACAUGGAAACAUGUGUGUUCCUCCAAAUUUUCUAAUGCGAUCAGCGAGCUGUUUCGCAAAGAAGACUCAUAUUGCAGAAUUGGUUUUGCACCUAAAUUUAGAAAUGUAUUCCAUGAACUGUUCCUUCUCUUUGCUUUUCCCCUCACUGUUCCUCUUUCAACACCCAUCUGUUGCUUACAUCUAGGGUUUUUUUUUUCUUUCAAAUACAUAUCCCAGACUGUUAAUACAGAGAGAGACAUUUUAGCUGUGAUUAUGACCAUCGUUUCAUAUUCCAAUUUAAAAAAGAACAGCAGCCUAGCUACUUAAGGUAGGGAUUUCCAUAGUUCCAAAGAAGGUUUAGCAGAUUAGAGUGAGUUCACACUUUUCAGGUGCCGCAGGAAGGUUCUCUUAGCCUGGGAAAGCAUCAACUCUUUAAAAAAAAGAGGGGUUGAAAAUCCUCAUCGUGAACAGGAGUCGUGCUUGUUCAGCAAGGCCAACUUUAACAACAAAUUCAAAGGAGAGAAAAUUCAACCUCAAGUUAAAUGGUUUGACUUAUUCUUUGCAUCAUUAGAAGAACCACAGAAAAUGCAUUCCUGUGUUUUGUUUUACUUUCGUUUGGAUUGCACUGAUUGUUUUUGUGGGAAUGACACUUUACCUGGAAAAGUAACAGAGUUAGGUAAAAGAAUAUUUUCUCCUCUGAGUAAUACUUAUUUUCACAGUGAAAAUUUCAGUAUUUUAUCACUAAUGUAUGAACAGUGAUAUAUAUCAAUUUGAAGGCACGUGGAAAAAAUUUUUUAGUAUGUGCAAUUUAAUAUAGAAAGAUUUCUGCCUGUUUGGACAAUAGGUUUUGGGUAGUAUAAAUUAGGAUAAAUACUCUUUUAUAUGCACAGAUAUUGUAUUGCCUGUAAAUUGAUUUACAAGUACUUAAAGCAUGGUCCCCAGUGAGGCCAAGAAAGUUUCCGGUUAAGUUCUUUUAAUACUAAUCCUCCAGUUUCUCUUACUUUAAAGAAAAAAAAAAGUAGUUUUGAACGAAACACUUUACUUAUCUUGAGGCUUUGUCAGUUGAUGGUGGAGAAAAAUGCUCAGGAAAUAUUACAGAUAUUUGCCAAAAAAAAGUAGUAAGAUUAGUUUAUUAAGAUAGUGAUGUUGAUAUUUGCUUUACUAUUUAAGGGUGUCACUGAUAAACUGAUUUGUACUUCUGUAUUUAGAAAUUAUAGCUUCUUUUCCCUAGUCAAAUUCUUUAGCUUGUACACAUUUCUGUGUAAUCUGUGGAAGUGCAAUAAUAUGGUAGUAAGUUCCAUUUUAAAUGAUGCUCACGUGAUGAUACCCCCAAUCAGUGGCUUACAGAAUUUUAAAGAUUGCGUAUUUAUUAUUAAAAUGUUGGCUUAAAGGCAUAAGAAGUGUAAGACUCAGUGUGGUGGUUUUGUAAAACCACGAGCCUCUCAAUGACAGUUAGCACCUUUAAGUCAUUAAAAGAAACAAAACGUAAAGGCUGUUUUCCCCUUGCGAUGCUCCUCUUUCUGUAUCCACUCUAGAGAUUUUUCAUUUUUAGUUUUAACUACAUGAACCUGAGCCUGCUGUUAAUAUGAAUUUCCCUAUAAAAUGAUUAUACAUGUGAAAAUUUAUAAAUGGAUUAAUCCUGCUUGUCUCCUCCCCCACCACACAAACCUGGUUCUUAAGAUGCCUACAAUGCAUUUGUGACUAAUCUUAUUCACAAAUGUAACCGGAAACUUUUAAGCCAAACUAUAAUGUGCAGUGCUGUGGGGCUCCCCCCACACCGCACCCCCUAAAUACAGUGAAAUCCUUUGUUCACAAGAGCCGCCACGUUCAGUGUUUAGUGAUAGAGCUGCGUUUUAAUAAUUCUAGCUUAAUUAUAAUGUCAACAAAAAAGAAGAAAAGUGUUGCAUCGUUGUGAUUUUUAAAUCAUAAAUAAAUGAAGGGCUCUGAUAGGCUACUAGGAGUUGGCUUGGAAACAGUCCUUGGUCUCACAGGUCACCGUUGUCUAGGGAUGUCUGAGCUGUUUUCAGAUUUAGGAAUAGCACAGUGUCGUCUUGUCUUUGGUCGCGGUCUCAUCUGGCUCCGUUUCUUGCACCCCCAGAGUGUGCAUUACCACUUCAUUGUAUGGCUACAACAGUGGAACAACAGUGAUGCAAGACAGUGUAGAUUAACAGUAGAGGAGAAAUUGUGCCCUUAGUGUUAACAAUGUGCCUUUUGUUCUGAAUGCCAUGUUGUAGGGCGUGCAUUUUUUGGCCUCUUUAACUCUUUGAAUACUAGGCAGUAAGGAUGGAACCCAUCUCUGCAAAGAUACAUCUGUCUUAAACAUCCAGUUACUUACAGGCCUUAAUAGAAACCUUAAGGCGUGAAUUAUCAUCAGGCACCGAAAAAGGUAACCACUGGUUAGUUACACAGGGAAUUCCUGUGUUUAAGGGGUUAAGGAUGGUCUUUGUUGUAUCUUAACAUCAGACUGAUUUUUUAAACAGUUUUUUUUUGUUAUGCUAACACUAGGCAAAAAUCAACUGUAUUUGUAAAAAUUUACCUCAAACCAUUUAAUUUUAUAGUCUGAUUAAUCCCAGGGCAUUUGGUAUGAACCAAAGUGCAUUCCUUUUAUAUGUGCCUGGCUCUAGUAAGGAUGGCCAGGGAUUUUUACAAUUUGGGUGCAAGGCACUUAAGCCACUUUUAAACUUAAUGGGUGGUUUGGAGUCAUGUGGAAGGACUCCAUCCGAAUGUUAGGAAACACUAGGCAUCAGUAGCAUUGGGCCAUAUUGGAAUCUUCAAAGUAUGAAUUAUUUUAAAGAGAGCGUUCAUUUUUGUAAUUUUUUUCAUCAAGAAUAUUCUGGUAAGCAGAAGACUUUUUAAAAAACAAAACUGAUUUGGUUGGUAAAGGUUUUAAUAUUGCCCAACAUAAUGCUGUGGUAGCAUUUAAAAAAAAGUAUUUGUGAACUUGUUUCUUAGGGGCUUGUACAUCUCUCUGCUAUGGACAUAGAUAAAAUUCAUUGUACUUAUACUCAGCUCAACUGCUACAGUAAUGUCUAGGCAGUGGCUUGGGUUUUUAUCGAGCAACAACUUAGACACGUGACUGUAAUAUGCUGCAACUGUGUGUACUGAAAAUAUGUGAAAAUGGUUGAAUGUGGACUGUGUAUAUAUGUAUGUAAAAUUUUCUGUGAGAUGCUGCUGUCGCCACUUAACAUGGAAUAUGUUCUAGUGGAUUUUAAUCCUAGUGGCCAGUUCUAUGAUACUGUAUGUAUUGUACAGCUGAUGACAGGAGUAAGACUGUUCAGUGAAUAUUUGUUAAAUUUUAUUGUCGUGGCCAGAGAUAAUUUCAGAAUAAAAUUUUAAUGUCCUACCUUA